UCAAAUAGAAAUGACAGACGUCUCUUGUUGUGUCAUGUCAUUUACUGAAUAUUUAUUAACCUUAAACUUCUCUGGGAUUUGAAAAAAUGAAUUCUUUAAUGAAGGGACUCAAACCUCCCAAUGCCUGGAUGAAAAAUAACACUGUUCUAGUCACUGCCAUCAGAAACCACUGGAAUAAGGACUACAAACCUGGCCCCUAUCCUAAAACGGAGGCUGAAAGGCUAGCAGCUGCUAAAAAAUAUAAUUUACUUCCUGAAGAAUAUGAGCCCUAUCCAGACGAUGGGCAAGGAUUAGGUGAUUACCCAAAACUACCAAUGAUAUCUGUAGAUGCUAAAGAUCCAUUUUAUCCUUGGGAUUACCCCGAAUUGAAGAGGAAUUUCAAUGAACCUGUCCACGCUGAAUAUGAUUUGAUUAGAGCUGAUCGAUAUGAUUGGAGUCUCAAACUUCAGAAACCUUUAUGGUAUUACUGGGCCCAAUUUCUUGGAUUCAUGUUUGGUACAUAUGCCAUCUAUGCAAUAAUGGAAAAUUUCAAAAUGUUCCAUGCCACUGUUCCUCCACAGUAUCCAAAAGACGGAAAGAAAUACUACACUUUUGAAAAGGAAUAAUUUGUUGAUGAUAUAGGAUUAAGCAAAAUGUCUUCAAAUAAAGUCUUGGAGGAAAAUA